AGAAACAGACACGCUAAGUUCGCGUGGCUUAAAUAUUGAUUCACUCCCACCUCUGCCAGUAGGUACUGACCUAGGAUCCAGCUGAGAAAUAAUAUAAUGUUGGAAAAAACGCUCUAUUAAGUUUAAUUCAUUCUACAGUAUUAUCAAUCCUUUCCAAAGAGCUAUCAAAAUGAAAUCCGACAAGGAAUUCAAGAUUUUUUGUGGUAAUAUAGUGCAUAGUGUAAGCCCCUCGGAGGUCGAGCUCCUAGAAAAUGGAUUUAUCGUAGUUGACGGAAAUAAGAUCGUUGCAAUAGGAUCUGGUGAAUCUCUAGAAUCUACCAAGUUGGAUCUAAAUAUUAACAAAUUCAAGGAGACUAAUCUGAAACCGUCCCAGCUUCUUAUACCUGGGUUUAUAGAUACACACAUUCAUGCCGUUCAAUAUCCCAAUUGUGGUUUGGGGUAUGAUAAGCCUUUGCUUGAAUGGUUGAACGACUACACUUUUCCCAUGGAAAAGCAGAUGAAGAACGAAGAAUUUGCUGAAAGAGUUUUCGAAGCUGUGGUGAAUAGGACUUUGAGUAAUGGAACGACUACCGCCAUGUACUUCGCCUCCUUAUAUGAACACAUUUCUCUCUUAUUAGUGGAGUCUGUGGUAAAACAUGGCCAAAGAGCCCUGAUUGGCAAAAUAAAUAUGAAUGUAAUGUCUCCAUCAGAUUAUAUAGAAAGUGAGAAUGAUUCCAUCAAAAAAACCAUUCAGUUCAUCAACAAAGUGAAGAAAUUAGAUAAUCCAUUAGUUCAACCAGUUAUAACUCCAAGGUUCGCAUUAAGCGUAGAUAUGUCCUUGAUGAAAAGCCUUGGAAAAAUAGCUCGUGAAGAGGACUUACACAUUCAGACUCAUAUAUCGGAAAAUCCUAUGGAAGUUGAGCUAGUCGAACAGAUCUAUGGAAUGAACUAUGCGGAAGUUUAUGACAAUGCGGGAUUACUCACACCAAAAACCAUUCUGGCGCAUGGAGUACACCUUUCAGAUGAAGAAAUUGAUCUCUUAUCAGAUAGAGGUGCGAGCAUCUCCCAUUGUCCUGAAUCAAAUUGCCUAUUGAGAUCGGGUAUAUGUAAAGCGAAGAAAUUAAUGGAGAGAGGAAUCAAUGUUAGCUUAGGAACUGAUGUUUCCGGUGGUGCUUCACCUUCUAUAAUUAAUGCUAUGAGAGCUGCUAUAUCUUCAUCAAUAAAUUCAACCUUCAAUUCUUCUGAAAAAUGUGAAUGUCUAGAUUGGAAAGAAGCAUUUUAUUUAGCUACCUUAGGUGGAGCUCGUGCACUGAGGUUGGACGACAAAAUAGGAAAUUUUGCUAAAGAGAAAGAAUUUGACGCUCUCAUAGUGGAUUUGGAUGUCAAAGACUCUGCUUGCGAUUAUUUGCUACCAGUAUCACCGAUAGAAAAUCUUCAGAAAUUCAUAUUCACAGGAGAUGAUAGAAACAUUCUAAGCGUAUUUGUUGCUGGAGAGAAAGUUAAAUGAUAUUUGCCAUAAUUGAUUUUUCGUUAUUUAUAUUCAUUGAAGAGAAUUAGUAUUGGAAAUAAGUUUUUAUAUUCGAAUUUUUCAAAACACAUAUUUCAUUCAACAUCUCCACGAAGAAAGAAUUCAGUACAAUUAAGUUUUACUGCUCACUCGUGAAUCAUAUUUUGGAUAUUUUUGAAAAUAUCUGUAGUCAUUUUAAGCUGAAAUAAAAAUAAAAUUUUUGUAUAGUUA